AUGUUAAUGCAUUAAGCUGCUGGCUUUUGAUUAGUGCGGUUGGGAUUGAACUUUGAAAAUAAAUACAUAUAUUUUUGAAAACAGAAAAAUAGUUUCUCAAUUAAUAUACAUAUCUGUACUUUAGCUCCUUGAUGAUGUCGGGAAACGCUAAACUGAUAUCAGGCACUGAAUUGGCAAAUACGCGAAUCUUUGAAGCGGCAAAUUAAAGAUGUUAAAGCUAAACUUCCUGCUUUUACGCCUGGCUUGCGGAUUUUGCAAGUGGGUGGGCGUGAGGACUCCAACGUUUACAUUCGCAUGAAAAUCAAGGCAGCUGCAGAAAUUGGCAUUACUGCAGAACUUAUCAAGCUUCCGCGCACUGUUACCGAAAUUGACUUACUUGAGAAGAUAACAGAACUUAACUAUGAUCCUAAAGUUCAUGGAAUUAUAGUGCAAAUGCCGCUUGAUUCAGAAAGUAAAAUGGAUUCCCACAAGAUCACUGACGCGGUCUGUCCGGACAAAGAUGUCGAUGGUCUUCAUACCGUUAAUGAAGGCCGCGUCUCCAUCGGUGACACGAAUGGGUAUCUGCCUUGCACACCCGGGGGCUGCGUUGAGCUAAUCAAGCGUACGGGCGUCCAAAUUUGUGGGGCACAAGCUGUUGUUAUAGGUAGAAGUAAAAUUGUGGGUACACCAGUCUCACAGCUGUUGAAGUGGGAAAAUGCCACAGUGACUUUGUGUCACUCAAAAACUAAAAAUCUGGAACAAAUCUGUCGUUCUGCGGACAUUCUUGUUGUUGCCAUAGGUGUACCUGAAUUAGUCAAGGGAAGUUGGAUCAAACCAGGAGCUGUUGUUAUUGACUGUGGCAUUAAUAUUAAACCAGAUUCCACCAAACAAAGCGGUUCUCGAUUAGUCGGUGAUGUUCUUUUCGACGAGGCGAAACAAGUGGCUUCUUACAUAACACCAGUGCCUGGCGGUGUUGGACCUAUGACUGUAGCAAUGCUUAUGAAAAACACUGUUAGGUCUGCUUUAGUGGCUGCAGAUAAGUUAUUGCAAACAACCUGGAACAUAGCUCCGCUUACUUUGGCUAAAGUUAGACCCGUUCCUUCUGAUAUUAUUAUAGCUCGUUCGCAGAAACCCAAACAUAUCUCCAAUUUGGCAAAAGAGAUUGGACUGUUAGGCAAAGAAGUAUCGCUUUAUGGCGAUAAAAAAGCGAAAAUAUCUCUAAGUACCAUCGAUCGGUUGGAAAGCCGAUCCGACGGCUCCUACGUAGUUGUAGCUGGUAUUACUCCUACUCCUCUGGGCGAAGGUAAGAGUACAACACUGAUUGGAUUAGUUCAGGCACUUUGUGCACAUAAAAGUCGAAAUGCCAUUGCCUGCAUGCGACAACCAUCACAAGGGCCCACAUUUGGUAUUAAAGGUGGUGCUGCCGGUGGAGGAUACGCCCAAGUGAUACCCAUGGAUGAAUUCAAUUUGCAUUUAACUGGUGAUAUCCAUGCUGUUUCGGCAGCCAACAACCUACUUGCCGCUCAAUUGGACACCCGUAUAUUCCAUGAAAAUACGCAGAAGGAUACAUCUCUUUACGAUCGUCUUGUACCGCGUAUUAAAGGUCAGCGAACAUUUUCGAAAAUACAAUUGCGACGUCUGCAACGGUUGGGAAUACUCAAAACCGAUCCUGAUUCGUUGACGCCUGAAGAACAAAGCCGUUUUGCACGUCUGGAUAUCGACCCCGAUACAAUAAUGUGGGAGCGAGUCAUUGAUAUUAACGACCGGUAUUUGCGCGAAGUUACGAUUGGCCAAUCGCCCACGGAAAAACAUUUGACUCGUAAGACAUCAUUCGCUAUCUCAGUGGCUAGUGAAAUAAUGGCCGUACUAGCACUAGCAACUGAUAUGGAGGACAUGAAGCGACGGUUAUCAAACAUGGUAGUAGCUUUCGACCGCAGCGGCAAACCUGUAACUGCUGAUGACCUAGGUGUUACUGGUGCCCUUGCUGUGCUUUUAAGAGACGCUUUGGAACCUACUUUAAUGCAAACAUUAGAAGGCACACCAGUUCUGGUGCACACUGGUCCAUUCGCAAAUAUUGCUCAUGGAUGUUCCUCAAUUGUUGCUGACAAAGUUGGUCUAAAAUUAGUGGGUGAAAAGGGGUUUGUUUGUACGGAGGCAGGUUUCGGAUCAGACAUUGGCAUGGAAAAAUUUUGCAAUGUUAAAUGUCGUUCGUCAGGUCUCAAACCAAAUGCCAUGGUGCUAGUGGCUACAGUUCGGGCGCUCAAAAUGCAUGGAGGCGGGCCCGCAGUUACGUCAGGAGCGCCUCUCAAUAAACAAUAUACCGAGGAGAACUUACAAUUACUGGAGAAAGGGUUGCCAAAUCUGCUGCAACAUAUUUCCAAUGGUCAGAAAUUCGGACUCCCAGUUAUUGUUACUAUUAAUCGCCAUACAUCCGACACGGAUGCGGAGCACAAUCUUAUAAAGGAAGCUGCCUUAAAAGCCGGUGCCUUCGCAGCUGUUCUAUGUACGCAUUGGAGUGAUGGAGGUGAAGGCGCCGUUGAGCUUGCCGAUGCGGUUAUAAAAGCGUGUGAACGUCCAACAGGGUUUAAACUACUUUACCCCAAUAAGCUGGCACUGGAGGAAAAAAUGAAUGUAAUUGCACAGAAUAUGUACGGGGCCAGUAAAGUAGAGCUGACUCCAAAAGCUCUAGCAUCUAUAAAAAAACUAAAUGCAGCUGGCUUCAACGAUCUACCUGUUUGUAUGUCUAAGACGUCAGGCUCCUUAACCGGUGAUGCCGCUAUCAAGGGUGCACCCAAAGGUUUUACUUUGCCUGUGCAAGAUGUGUAUGUCUCCGCCGGUGCUGGUUUUGUAGUAGCAAUGUGUGGCGAAAUCACCAAAAUGCCUGGACUAUCUACCCGUCCUGCCAUAUAUGAUAUUGAUUUAAACACAGAAACUGGAGAAAUCGAAGGAUUGUUCUAAAGGAUUUUAUAAAGUACUUAACAUAAUGGUAUAUGUACAUUUGCACACAUAUGUAUGUACUAUAUAUGUAUUAUAUGUAUGUAGUCACAAAUGUUUGUGCAUUUCUAAGGACAAUAAAAUUGGCAUUCAUAAAGAUGUAUGUAAGCAGUUGAUCACAA